UUACAUAGAAAAGGGUGGGGUUUGAUUCAAUUUUAAUACAGGAGGUGUGACCGAGCCUCGCUGUCUAUAUAAAGGGCGGCGCGGGGCCAUUCCCCCCCAGUCCGCCAGCGAGGUCUGAAGGUUGUAGGGUGAAGGGGGUGACAAUCCCGGCGCUCAAAGAUCUAGGCUUUGGUGGUCCCGGUGCUCGGAGGUCCCAGCAGAGCCACAGCCGCCGCGACAACCCCCAGGCACCCCCCGUCCUGCGCCCCCAGCCCAGCUCCGAGCCCACCAUGAAAGCCAUCAGCCCGGUGCGCUCCGUGCGGAGCUGCUACGAGGCCGUUUGCUGCCUCUCGGAGCAGAGUUUUGCCAUCGCCCGGGGCAGCCACAACAAGAGCCCGGCCUUGGAAGAGCCUAUGAACUUGCUGUACGAUAUGAACGACUGCUAUUCCAAGCUGCGGGAGCUGGUGCCGGGCAUCCCGCAAGGCACCAAGGUGAGCCAGGUGGAGAUCCUGCAGCACGUCAUCGACUACAUCUUCGACCUCCAGAUCGUGCUGGAGGAGGGGGCCAAGGGCCGCGACCCCUCCUCCGAGGCCACGCUGUUCUCCCUUAAGGCGGCCGAACUCGCUUCUGAGCUCUGCUCCAAAGACGAGAGAAGUUUGUGUCACUAACGGCUCCUCCAUCAGCAAACAGGCAGCGAGUGUCGGUUCCUGGUUCGUUAUCAGCCGGAGGUAAAUAGCAGCUUCCUCCGUGGCGCCGGGCUGUCUGCGACCUACCGGCCCCGGCAUCGCCUCCCCCGGGCCCGGGCACCGCGGGCGGGGAGCGGCUGGUCCCGACCCCCCCACCCCUCCACCGCCAGCAUCCCACCCCCCUCGGAGCUCAGCGUCCCAUCCCGGCUUCGGACCCGAACUUUUUAAUCAAGAUAUUUUUAAUCAUAAGACUGAUACGAUGAAGAGAGGAGGUUGUCUGUAUAUUUUUGGAUUAUAGCAGCGAGUCCUUUUUUUGUAAAGGUGUUUUAAUGGGAUGGGGGAGGGCGGGAUUUUUAGGGGGGUUUUGGGGAGGGGGACACACACACAUCCUCGAGUAUGAACCAAACUCUCUGGGGCCGUGGCCUCGUGUAUUUGUGGAGCUCUAUACUAGAGUAUAACUUUUUGUACCUUUUGUGCAGGAAGGUGAAUUUCUGCGAACAUGCCUUGUACUUGCUUUAUAAACUUUUUAUAAAAGUUACCAUUUUUACAUAAUAAAAAGAAAUCGGUUUGACUGGUU